AUGGCUAUUCUAUAUACAAUGCGAGCAAUAACACUUAUAUGUACACAAUUACCAUCGGGUUAUAUUCAUAAUGAUUUGCAAUGCAUGCGGCGUUUAAACGAAAGUGAACGAACGAUUCAUAUUUAUAUUCAAAGAUUUUUUCAACAAGCUAUUAAACUCGGUUAUCAGGAUAAUGAUGGUAAUAUGCUGUGCGGUGAUUUAUUAUUUUCGGGUCAUACAAUUUCAGUUGUCAUAAGCUCUUUGGCAGUCAUUUAUUAUUUUCCACGUGGAUUGCGAUAUUUGAAAUAUACUAUUCAAGCAUUUUGUUGGAUUGGUAUAAUUUGUAUGGUUAUAAGCCGAACCCAUUAUACAAUCGAUGUGCUCUUAGGUUAUUGGCUAUCGGUGGCCGUUUUCAGGUUUGCGAACUUUUGA